AUGGUCACACACAAUGGGUUGAUGCGCGUAUUUUGGCCAUCAGACGCUCCCAGGGACUCUGCGCCGGGUGUUCUGGUAGGCUUCAGAAACUCAAAGUCGGAUGUCUUUGUCGUCGGUGUGCUACAAGACGUCGAGUUGCGCCAGGUCGAGAAUGCACUGCUCGUGGGAACCUUGCUGCGACACAGCCCCCACGAUAUCCAAGAACUACUGCAGCGAUGUGGACACUCCUCUGUGCGCGCAUUGGGUUCCGUUAAUCCUAAGACGCCAGCCGAUCAAUCUGGCGCCGACCUUCUCACAGUCCAUACCGACCCUUCGCUCCGUUUCCCGCGCCUUCAUCACCCCGACGAUGCCCUUAUAACCAUGCAAGUCAUCGUCUACGACCGACCGCACCCAACGCGUAUGCAAUACCUCUCACUCAAGCCCAUCACGCUGGCUCUGGGGGACAAGACAAAGGUCGCAGAAUGGGACGUGGCUUUCGAAGAGCUAGAACGAGCAGAAGAGAGGGAACGUAAGAGGAAAGCACACCUUGUCGAAAAGCUGAAGCUACACAGAGUGAUUGCACAUCCUCGCACACAGAAAGAGCUGGCAUUGCCCAUGAUCAUUGAGCAGGUGAACUGUUCGUACGAACUGAACGCCCUACUGCAGAAGAAUAUUGGCAUGAUUGGCAGACGCAUGAAGCGAGCUCUGAGUGUCAGUGAGCGCGUCGUUGAGUCGGCCAACGAUCUCUGGGACUACAUCUGGCUUGUACUCCACUAUGCAUUCAGAGUCUGGAUAUGGCCCAUAGCUGCGCAGUUGUUCAUUUUUGGGCUGAUUACACACCGUAUAAUGGGCGAGGCAGUUCUUCAGGUUCUGCAUUGGCGGCCAGGCUCUUCUGACUCGCCAGCCCUGAAAGACAUCUCUGCAACAGCACAGCAGAUCGACAUCAGAUUGCAACAGUCUUGCUACUGGCCCAUCCAGUAUCUCACCUUGCGCAGAAGGAAGAUCAAUUGGGAAAGCAUCACCAACAGUCACCCAGAAUACAUCAGAUUCUACAAUAGCCUUUGGCUGGUUGCUAAUGAUGUCAUAAUGGGCAUUGCUGUCGGAACAUUCAUCAUCGAGAAUGCUUCAUUCGUGGCGGCUCAAGUCGACACCAUUUUCAGCACCUGGUCGGUCGACGGGCUACGGCGUAUGAUAUCAUGGCUCAUGGGCUGGCCUGGAGGCUUGAAGUUGAACACUGAGUUGGCUGCAUUCCUUGGCGACCUGUUUCUGUGGGUCAUCGACUACUGGGCUGGCUGCAUAUCACUCUUGCGACCAAAUCUGCCUGCGCUCGUCCAGAUCAUCGGCUUUUCAGCUUUUGCUGGCGCCACUAUGCCCAUCUCAAUCUUUUCAGAUCUCGUCUCACUAUUGACGUUGCAUAUUUACUCAUUCUACGUCGCAUCUGCCCGCAUCUUCCAUUGGCAGCUAACUAUCAUCAUAUCGCUCUUUCACCUCUUCCGUGGGAAAAAGCGCAAUAUUCUCCGUAAUCGGAUCGACUCAUGCGACUACGACUUGGACCAGCUGUUACUUGGGACAAUUCUUUUCACACUGCAAUUCUUUCUACUGCCGACAGUGUUCGUCUUCUACCUGACAUUCGCAAGCGCACGCAUUGCAGUCAUUGGCCUGAAGGCCGCGUUGGAGAUGGGUUUGGCAUGCCUUAAUCACUUCCCGCUCUUCGCAGUCAUGCUCCGGCUCAAGGAUCCCGGACGACUGCCCGGAGGGAUAUACUUCGAGCUUCAAAACACUACCGAUGCUAGCUCUAACACGGCAGGCUCGGUAAACUCACCCCCCACUGCCUACGUGCUGCUAAAAUCAAUCCCAUUAUCUCUUCGCGCCAUGUUCCAACCUUACUUUGACCUAGGCGAUCGCAUACGCAAGCACUAUUUCUCGCCUAGUGUCUUGCUAUGUCUAGUUUCCGGACAAUUUGUUCCACCUAUUCACCGCCGCAACCUGUAUAGCUUACAUCUUCUCACUCCUCCAUCGUCAACUGUGAUUUUCUGCAAUACUCAGUCAUCAAAGAAACUUCUCACAAUGGCGACCAAAGACGCCGUGCAGACUUCACAAGUCGGUCGUAUGAAAUUCGACCCUUCUUCGUUCUUGCUCGUUCGCGUGGGCUGUGAUUCCUCUCAACAAGAAUUCCUACUCCAUGAGGGCAUUCUUUGUGCACGUUCAGAGUUCUUCCGCCGCGCUCUAAAUGGCAACUGGAUUGAAAAGAAGGAACGACUUGUCAAGCUACCCGAAGACGAUCCCCAGACUUUCGCAUUCUACGUCAGCUUCAUCUACACCAAUGUGAUAUUCGACGCUACAGCCCUCCAAACCAUGACACCGGACGAGUUCCAAGCACACAUCCUAGCUGUUGUCAAACUCUAUGUCCUAGCCGAAAAGCUGCAAGACAGGCAAGCCAAGAACGAGGCUUUGCGGACCGUGCUCAGCGACACUGCAGAGCGAUCGUUUGCCGACAGUCUACCUAACGCCGAAAUUGUUCAGUUCAUGUACAACAACACCCUACAAGGUAGCCUUGGACGACGUCUCAUGGUCGAUCUCUGGAACGACGUACACGCGACGAGCAUCAUUGAGCAACGUGAGGGCAUCUGCAAGGAGUUCUUUGUUGAUCUCGCCCAUGCACUCCUUGGUGAACGUCCUUCGCGAAAGCGGAACGGGGCUCUGUCCUAUGGAGCCAAGGAAUAUUGCGAGGAGCUGUGA